GCCUCUUACAAAAUGACUCGGAGUAGAAUUUAACCAUUGGACCUCCACGUCAAUUUUGACAACAAACUGGGGUUUUAGUCAUCAAUAACUAUGUUUGGCUCUUAGAUCACACGUCGGUCAUCCUCCUCACAAAUCCAUGAAGUACCAUAGACAUGAUUUUUCAUUGAGAUGGAGGUGACGACCCUCACUGCAGAUACAUUUACUUCUAUGUAUAUUGUUAAACUUAUCACUUAUAACAUAUAAAUUACAAAAAUGGGUCAAUAUCUACCAAGACUUCUUUCUGAAGUCAAUGAAUUUGAACGCCAAGUAAAACUGAAUCAACAGAAAAAUGGGAUGGCCGUUACAGAAAAAUUUCCUGACAUUGCACAGUUACCACCGGAGCUGGCACUUUUAGUAUUGUCAAAAUUAGAUGCCACAGAUCUGUGUUUGGCAGGUUGUGUAUGGAAGGAUCUAGGACAAGUUGAUAUAUUGUGGCAAGGUUUAUGCAAGGCCUCUUGGACCAGCUGCCAUCAGUAUUCUGUAUGGAAAAAUUCUCCCAGGUUCUCCUUCAAGAAACUUUAUCUGCUACUGGAUGAGGGUUGUCUGACCUUCAAUGCUGACUGGAAACAGGGAAUGGACUACCUACUUAAACAUGAAAUAGUCACUGAAGAUGCUAUGUCUAUUGCAAAAUUUUUCCAUGGAACUUACAAACUGGAUAGAAAACAAAAGAUGUCCUUUUUGGAGACAAGGCCCGAUGUACUUGACCUACUGGUGAAGCUACAGAACUUUCAGAAACAGUUUUUACCAAAUGCUCUGCGUAAGUUUUUCCGUGAUAUCCAGGCUCCAACUGAAAGGGGAUCUUACUUGAGCAGCAUGAUGGAAAAAUUCUCAGCUCAGUUCUGCGAAUGCAACCCUGAUGUGGGACUGUCCAGAGAUGCUGUGUUUGUCGUCUGUUUUUCAUUAAUAAUGCUCUCAGUAGACCUCUGCAGCCCACAGGUGAAAAACAAAAUGUCCAAAAGAGAAUUUAUUCGAAACACUUGUCGCGCAACGGAGGGACUAAAUGAUGAAUAUGCAGGACAUUUAUAUGACAAUAUAUACUUGGUCGGUCAUGUGGCAUCACCAGAGAGGUAGAUGUAUUCAUGAUGUGGAAAAUCAUACUUAUUUAUAACAUUUAUUUUAGCUAGAACUGUGUGGUUGUGUGCAGGAAACAUCCGGAAUGUUGUUAUUGUUGCUGUUAAUUAUUAUUGAAGAUAAUGUUGAUAAUGUUAAAAGACAAACUGUAAAUGUUUAUUUUACAACAAUACCAUAAUAUAUUACAGCAGUCAUUUGAUUUCAAAACGAUCCAUACUUUUAUAAAGCUUGAAAAUAUGCAUUCAUGUAUAUAGGCAUAUUGGCCAUAUGGAUGUUUAAAGGAGUCCAAAAUGUUUGUGCACCUACUGUACUUGUAGAUAAUCCUCAUUUAGAUACCAACAAUAAUCCUAAAUGAAGGAAUCCACAUUUAAAUGUCUGGAGUCAAUUGGAUAAGUGUAAACAUCCACAUUCUUUGGAUACCUAGAGAAUCCACAUUUGGAUACACAGAGAAUCCACAUUUGGAUACGCAGAGGAUCCACAUUUGGAUACCUAGAGAAUCCACAUUUGGAUACCUAGAGAAUCCACAUUUGGAUACACAGAGAAUAUACAUGUACAACUGUACAUACAUGUUGACUCCAAACAACAGUUUUGUUAUGUACAGGGUAACACAAAUUAAAUGCAAGCUAUAGUGGAUUCACUGUUUCAGUAAUGGUGGAAUCUUUUUGUGUAGACAGGUUUUUACUGGUCCUGUAUGAGAGCAUGCCUAACAGGAAAAUCUUACAUCUCUAAAUCAUAAUCAUGUAUUAAACCAUCUUUUCAUUCAUUGAAUAUUCUAUCUCCACAAGAAAAUUCCAUUUUAAAAUUUUCCAAAGUUAGAGGGUUGCAUUUUUGUGUCACCCUGUAAUGGUUCCUGUGUAGUGUUUUAUAUAGCAGGACUAUAUCAUAUGACACAUUGUGUAUUA